AUGAACAUCAAUUCAUUCGUAGAACUUACAACCCGAAUCGGACGUUUACGAUUAAGAAGACGUGGGUCAAUUCCAGCUUUAACAACCUUCGUCGUUUACGAGCCGACAUCAAACUGCGACGAAGAAGAAGUCGAAGCGUUCUAUAUGGACUUGGAGAAGUUUUGCAGAGAAUGCCGUACAUUCUUCAAGGUCAUCAUUGGAGAUUUCAAAGCCAAGAUUUGCCCAAGAAGAAUGUCUGAAGAACGUCACAUUGGGAACCACGGAUUAGAAUGUAACGAACCGGGUGAGCGGCUCUCUGAGUUUAUCAUGACGAACAAGACCGUCCAUGGAAGUCUGUACCACCAUGGAAGACCAGCGUCUGUACCUACAAUGCACGUACACUUGCAUCCGAGUCCUCGAUAG